AUGUCCACUCUGGUUAUUCCUUUGGUGUCAGCUGGCAAUGUUCCUCAGCUGUUUACUGAUGUAGUGUUGCAUUCAUUGGCCAAUGAAUUCAAGUUUGUUAAGGAAUUAGACUCUCGUUGGUUGCAUCCUUUUGUGGGCCCGCUUGACUAUGUUGCAGAUCAAGAGACUACUUUAUAUCGAGAUAUUCCGAACAGAAAGUACACUGCUUCUUUAGAACUGUUCCAUAAUGAGAGUCGAGGGCUUUAUCUGCUUCAGCAGCGGUCUCCGGUGCUUCAAGGUUAUGAGAAUGAAUUCUGCAAGUACGUGUUGAUACCUUUGAUACAGGAGUUGACUCCAAAAAGGGUUCUCGUUCUAGAUUCGGUUGGUGCGUUUGAGUCGAAUGUUCCCAUGAAAGUUGACAGCUCAGGUUCCCGGUUCUCGUUUGCCACAUGCGAUGCCACAUCUAUUGAGGAUGUGGCCCAAGAAUUUCAAGAAAGGCUGCAAUUAGACAAGGAUACUGAGUUGUCGAUUAACAGGUCCUUGUUUAAGUUUACGGAUUCCAGUUUCCAGGACGGUAUCUCAACUACACAGUUCAUAUUCAAAUUAAGCUACCAUCUGCUGCAUACUUCAAUACCUGUAUCAUCUGAUUUUGCAGGAAUUUUCUAUUUCAGCAUGUUUAUUCACGAAGGAGAUAACCAUCAGGAUGCACUAUUAACUUGUGAGAUAUUACCCCAAUUAAUGCCAUCCUUCCCAGCAAUCAAGAAAGUUGUCACUCCAGUUUCUUGGAGCGGCGUUUACGGUUUGAAAACAGUUCCUGACGGAUUUUGCGAAGGAUUAUAUGUUUAA